UGCGCCGCGAAGUCCGCAUGCGUGAGGGGGCUCCGUGGACUUGAUGUUCAGGCUACUUGUUACGCUAAUCGUGUUGCGUAUCGCGUAUCACGUAACGUAUCACCAUUUUGAACAAAACUGGAAGAGGCGUGUGCAACAUUUGCAAGGAGUUCAUUCCUAAGUCAAAGCUAGUCAGAGCGCGGCUCUCGCCGAGUUUCUCAGAAGACUGGUCGCGCGGUAGAGAAGCAUGGCGAGCAGCGACGCGGGCACGGCGAACAACGGCGGCGAGUCGAAGGUGGAGGUGAAGCCGGCCGAGCCGGCCUCGCCCGGCGGCCUGCUCGGCAAGGCCGGCGGCGGCCUGCUCAGCAAGGCGGGCACGGUGACCGGCAGCGGCGGCGACCAGCCGAAGCCGAGCAGCGGCGGCCUGCUGGCCAAGGCGGCCGAGCCGGCCGGCACCGACGACGCGCCCAAGACGGCCGCCGGCGACCCGCCCACCAGUAACGGCGAGAGCGCGGCCAAGCGGCGCAACAUAUGGUCCACCCGGACCCGGACACGAUCAAGAUGUUCGCCGGCCAGAUCCCGCGGCGCAUGGAGGAGGCCGAGCUGCGCAAGGUGUUCGAAGAGUUCGGCCCCGUGUACCAGAUCAACAUCCUGCGCGACCGCACCACUGGCCAGAGCCGGGGCUGCUGCUUCGUCACGUUCUUCACGCGCAAGGCGGCGCUCGAGGCGCAGAACAAGCUGCACAACCUGCGCACGCUGCCCAGCAUGCACCAUCCGAUGCAGAUGAAGCCGGCGGACGCCGAGAACCGCAGUGAGCGUAAGCUCUUCGUCGGCAUGGUGGGGAAGCAGGCCGACGACGAGGCCGUGUGGGCCAUGUUCGAGAAGUUCGGCCCGAUCGAGGAGUGCACCGUGCUGCGCGACCAGAAGAACAACAGCAAGGGCUGCGCGUUUGUCACGUUUAUGUCGCGUCAGAACGCGAUCGCCGCCAUCCGUGGUCUGCACCACUCGCGCACCAUGGAGGGCUGCUCGGCGCCGCUGGUGGUCAAGUUCGCCGACUCACAGCGGGACCGGGACGCGCGCCGUCCGCCGUUCGGGCCGCCCAUAGGGGGCGGAAGCCGACAGGCGAUGCCCAACUAUGGUAACAACAAUUGGGGCCAGCAGCAGCAGCAGCCGCAAAUGCCGAUGCAGCAGCAGCAGCAACAGCAGCAGGCGCCGUCCAACAUGAUGAACCCGUUCAAUCCGCAAACGCUGUCGCUGCUGCAGCAGCUGAGCAACGCCGCGUCGGCGCUCUCGUCUCUGGCCGGCCAGGCGCCGCCCAGCGGGCCGCCGCCCAACAUGUUCGGCAUGCCGCCGCCCAACAACGGCAUGGGCCAGCAGCAGGGCCAGCAGCAGGGCAAUUUCAACCAGCAGAACAACCCGGCCUCGGCUCUGGCCAUGAUCAUGCAGGCGGCGGCAAUGACCCGGCCUGCCGGCGGCCCGUCCUUCCAGGGCCCGCCGCCGGGCAACCCGCCCAACACCAACAACUUCGGCAGCGGCAACUUCAACAACAAUCCCGGCACCGGCGGCGGCAGCUAUGGCACGACGGGCGGCAAUUACGGCGCCACAGGUAACAACUACGGCGCGACGGGCAGCAACUACGGCACACCGGGCAACAACUUUGGCACAACGGGCAACAACUAUGGUACGCCGGGAAGCAACUUCGGCUCGUUUUCGAGCCCACCGCCGUUCGGCGGCGGCCAGCAGUCAAACUUCCCGCGUGCGCAGCCGGCGAACUCGAACACGCCGCUGGGCCGCCAAGUGGAGGGGCCGGACGGCUGCAACCUAUUCAUCUACCACCUGCCGCAGCAGUGCAAUGACGCCGACCUUGCCAACAUGUUCUCCCCCUUCGGCAACGUCAUCUCUGCGAAGGUGUUCGUCGACAAGCAGACGAAUAUGUCCAAGUGCUUCGGCUUUGUCUCGUACGACAACCCGGCCAGCGCCGAGGCGGCCAUUCAGGGAAUGAACAGCUUCAUGAUCGGCUCCAAACGCCUCAAAGUACAGCCGAAGCGCUCCAUGAAGGACAUCGCCAAGCCGUACUGAGGCAGUUGGCUGCGAUCUGACGCGCCCAUUCCCGGGAGGCGGCGUCUGAGCGGCUCUCGGCAGGACUUCGGGCUCGUCCGCGGCUGCCGCGCGGCGCCCAAAGCCGCGCCGCGCGGCGCAGUUCCGCGACACCGACGCCACGGGUCUGGCGUCGGUGUGACGUCACCAGACGCUCAGCGGAACCCGUGUACAAACGCUCUGGGUAAGGUGCGAUCGUGGGCGUUGC